CGCACCUCAAGAGAACCGCGAACGAAAGGAGGUUAGAAUUCCUAGGAUGGUGGGUGUUUUGAAUGAGUCUGACAGCGAGGACGAAUUACCACCGGGGUGGGAAGAACGGACGACAUUGGAUGGGAAUGUUUAUUACGUGAAUCAUUAUACCAAGGGCACUCAAUGGACCCAUCCUAGAACCGGCCGUAAGAAGAUCGUCGAUGGAGAUUUACCAACUGGAUGGGAGAGAUGUGUAUCAGAUGAUGGUAAAGUUUUAUUUGUCGACCAUAAAAACCGUACAACAACCUAUACUGAUCCAAGAUUAGCAUUUGCUACUGAAUAUAGAGAUAUGUCUCAGCCAGUACGACAGAGGUUUGACGGCAGUAGCACAGCUCUGGCAGUAUUAUAUGGCCGAGAUUUACGUGAUAAGAUUGCUCUUGUCACAGGAGCCAACACAGGCAUUGGAUAUGAGGUAGCUAGAUCUUUAGCUCUGCAUGGCUGCAAUGUGAUAUUAGCCUGUAGAGAUACAGAGAAAGCUAACGAAGCAAUAAGACGCAUAAAAUGUGAGAAGGAGAAUAUAAAUUGCAGAGUACUAAAAUUAGACUUAUCAUCAUUGCACAGUGUGCAAGAAGCUGCAGAGGAGUUUAGGAAGUCGUUCAAAAGUCUUGAUAUUCUUAUACUAAACGCUGGUGUGUUCGGGAUACCAUAUCAACUCACAAAUGAUGGUUACGAGACAACGUUCCAAGUCAAUCAUUUGUCGCAGUUUUUUCUCACACUCUUGUUAGAACAUUCCAUACAAAAAGCUAGUAAUCCUAGAAUUGUAAUAGUUUCAAGCGAAUCGCACAGAUUUUCAACGAUACGAAACCCAGAAGACCUUCAGCAGUCGAGACUGUCUCCGCCACCGCACAAGUACUGGGCAAUGGGUGCAUAUAACGAUUCGAAGCUCUGUAAUGUUAUGUUCGCGCAAGAACUAGCGCAUCGCUGGCCCAAUGUAGGUGUGUUCUCCUGUCAUCCCGGUAACCUGGUGUCUUCGUCUCUAUCGCGUUACUGGUGGCUGUAUCGAGUGCUGUUCUUAUUGGGACGACCAUUCACAAAAUCGUUGCAACAAGCAGCGAGCACGUCGGUAUUCUGCGCUACGGCGCCCGAGCUGGACGGUGUAACGGGUGGCUACUUCAACAAUUGUUACCGUUGCUCCCCGUCAAGUGCGUCACUGACUCGCGCACUAAGUACGCGAUUGUGGGAUCUCAGUCAGGAAAUGAUAAUCGAUGUUACAGAUAUGACCUGGAAUCAGGAUUGUAUGAAGGGAGAUAGAUCGUUGGAUAUUAGUCUCUAUUGUUGAUAAUAAUUUUUGCUUUUAAGGCUCUUAGUUCACGAAUCACAUUGAUUUAUAAAAUUUAGAAAGGAGAAUUCCUACAAAUCUUAUCCUUGUGUUAUAUGUCAAAUUUAAUUAGUCAAUUGAAGCAAUAUAAUUUUAAUCAGCAGCAUAGAUUAAUCAAUUUUGUGAGGCAUUCUUUUUUUUGUUAGUCUUAAUUCAUCUUAUUUCUUUUAUCUUCAAUAUGUUAUUAUUCGAUAUGAUUAAUUUAUAUGCCCAGGCUGACUGAUUAGUCAGCUGAGUUAGCCGAGAAUUCCGCGUUGACAAUGGCGACAUGAUUGUAAACAGCAAAAUGAUAAACCAUUAGGUUCACAAAAUGCAGACUAUUGCAAUAAGUUAGAGUGAAAGAAAGUAUACUUGUUUCUUUCUAACUUCGCGCUAAUGCAAAAUUCAUCGAAAACGAACAAUCUAAUGUAAAUGGAUAACCAAUUUUUUUUCUGUAAGCUACAGCAUUAUUACUAUAAUGUGUGCAUGUCACAUGUGAUACAAUUGUGCUCCGGAUAUUGCAUUUAUUGUGAUAUAUAAUGCAUAUAAAUAGUUAUUCGGUCAUAUUCGGUACCAAGUCAUACAACCGAUUUUUUUUGUCAAAACAAGGCGAUUUGUCACAUUUUACGUAAUUUUAUGUAAUAAGACGGUAAAAGAGGAGUAUCCGGAGCAUUUCACAAGUGUGUAGUGUGUCUACAACUUUAAUCUGCUCUCAUUCUCUAUGCUUCAUUCGAUAUCGUCGACCAAGUUCUCCACCGAAAUGAAUGAAAUUUUGGAUCAACUUGAUAUUUAAUCGUGUAUUUUUUAUAACGUGUUCAUUAAUCGUCAGAAAUAAAAAGAUUUAAACAC